GGUGAUGGCUGGCCAGUGGAAGGUAGGCCGCCGGGGGAGCUGCACGUGUCGUCCGCUGCCUCCUCCACUAACUGAAGGUGAAUAGAACGCCUCGUCUCGUCCUGAUUCGGAGAAUGACACGGACUGUGAAUGUUUACUAUGGUGAUUCUCAAACGUUGUGUCGCUUGUGUGUGAACAUCUAAGGUGCAGUGAUGGCUACAGUAACCUCCCCACCAUCACUGCAACAGGUGUGUGAGGCAGCUGCCAUUGCCUGGCUCAUUCAGUGGUCGGGCACCUUGGGUGAGGUUGCCGCUCAGGCGGCAUUUCUAGAGACGCACGUGAUCUCGUCUCCCUCCUCGGACAGACUUAAUCAAAAUCUACCUGAACAGUGUCACAAAAGGAAGGAAAAUACAGAGAAAAUUACCAGGUCAUGUAUAAGUGAAACCAAUGGAAGAUGCUGCAGCAAAAAUUCUGUCUUGAAAUAUGAUACUCAAACUACUGACUCUAAUAUUGUUGAAGAUCAGGUUCAUUCGCUAACAAAAGUGCACAUACAGAACUUGGGCACUAUAGUAAUGAAAUUUGUCAGUAGUAGUGUACCUAAAGUUACAAAACAGUGUAGUGAAAAAGUAACAAAGACUGAGAAUUUGAACCAAGUAUAUUAUCCAAGUGCCAUUCCUCAAAAGCUCCACAACAACACAUUAAAAGGGAACAUAAAACACUGCUCAACAUACCUUAAAUCAAUCUUGCCACCUCUACUGAUUGAUCAAAUAUUGACCUCUGCCUGGAGAAUUGUCUCAGAGCAAAUGAUCAUUAGGUGCCAAGAAAAACUUGUUGCCCGAAGCAAUGAAAAUUACAUCUUUAAUUACCAACUAGCUAACUGGACCAGAAGAGCUCCUGUUUUGCUCUUAAUUGCUGCAAAUAUUUCAAAUAAGAAGUUCCCCUUAAAUAUAUCAGAUAUAGCAGUAGAAAACUUUGACUAUAUACUGAAUUUUAUGCACAAAUACCUACCCUUGGAACAAGUGAAUAAAUUAACUUUACCAAAAAUGAGAUUCAACCUUAAUGCACAAGUUAAAACUGAAAGCUUUGAUGUAUUCAAAGAUAUUCUUCAAAAAACUUCAUUAGUAAGUCUCACUUUAAACUCUAAUGUAUGUGAUGAUAAGACAUUAAGCCUCCUCUCACAACUACCCCUCCAAGAACUGGAUAUUACAAGCUGUACAGCAAAAGAGGAAGACAUUAUUAAAGGGCUUUGUGGGUUAUCACUGUGUACAGCUCGUGAUGUGUUUAAGGCUGCUGCUUGUGGCAAUUUCUGGGACAACAAAUUGUGCCCUCUUAGAAAAUCUUUGUGUAGACUUUCUAUUUCUCUCCGUUAUAUACAUAGCCUGGUGUACCAUGCAAUCCUGUUUAUAUUUCCCAACUUGCAAUACUACAAUCCACACAUAAAUAUCAUUCAGUGUGUUCACAGUUAUGCAAGGGUUUUCCAAUAUAUCAAUAAUGGCAACUCUAUUCACAAUCUACCAACUCUAAAACUAGAAAGAAUAAACAUGGGCCAUGCCACUGUAAAUGAAAUCUCAGAAAUGAGUCAAGUCUGCCCAGCUGUAGAGAAAAUAUCACUAAUUGUUGAGCUCAACUGCAUGGAGACCCUGAGUGCACUAACCACAUGCAAACAAUUAACCCAUAUUGAGCUUGCCUAUUACCCACCAUUAUCUUCAUCCAUUCCAAAAAUAAAUGGAAGAGAAAUCCUUCCUAUCAUCAUGUACUUUAAACCACAAAUACAAUAUCUAAGCCUCACUGGCUUUAACAUAAAUGGCAAAGUUCUACAUGAACUCUCCCAGUUACCAGUAUUAAAAUCAUUGGAACUGCACAACUCGUGGAUAUCAAACCCACAAACUUGCCCUCAAAAACCAUUUCCUCAUCUGGAAAAUCUCUCUCUCCAGUUUCUUCCCCCCAAAUGCACAAUGCAACUCCUCACGGCAAGCUCAAAUUUAGUCAAUUUAAGCUUUGACCACAUAGCUUCUGACUGGGAGGGAAAUGACCUCACUGACAUACAUAUAAAACACCUAGUGACUUCAGGAAUGAUCAGUUCUGUUCAGUCCUUUUCAGCAUCAUCUCCUUUCCUCACUCUUGCCUCUCUGAAAGUGUUGUCAUUUCUACCAUUCUUGAAGAGCAUUAGUCACGUUGCCCGCUGGGGUUUAACACCAGAAGAAUUACGUUGUCUCAACCACUCUAGCCCACCUCAUGUCCAAUGCAUACCUUAAUUUAAUGCUUAGUGCAUUACUCUGCUUCUCAGGGAUCAAUUAGCUGUCCAUUUUAAUAAGUCUAAAUCCAAAAGAUUACAUUUGUUUCUUUUCCUCACAUACACACACAUAAAACAAAUACGCACACAUACAUGCAUGCCCAAAUCAACAGUGCUCAGACCACUAUGGCAGUGCAACAUGUGCACUGUACAUCCAUUAAGGUUUUCCCCAUAUUUAAUAUUCAUUCAUUUUUCCAAGAGCAUACAAACUAAAAGCUUCUACCAAAAGCUGAUUCCCACACAUUUAAUUGCAUGACUCUCAGGAGCAAAAAGCCACUGAUACUACAGCUUUUGUACUGCAAAAAUAUUGAGACUCAAAAUACUGUGCCUUACUACAGUAGCAAAUAACAGCCUACAGUGCUGCUGCUUCAUACACAGAGAGCAUAAACAGCACAUCUAUGCUCCUGGAUAACAAAAUGCUUCCAUAGUAUUUAGCAGCAAUAUAUUACUAUUGAAAUUUUCAAUGCUUACAUUCUCCCAACAUUGAUUAUCUGACUUCAAAGUUAACUACAGAGAAUUUAUAUAUAUAUUUUUUGUAAUAAAAUGACAAAAUGUU